UGUGUAAAAUCGUCUACAAAGAGGGUGAGAGAGGGCCCUUGGUAGGCGGCGCUUUCGGCUGCGAGCUCGCCCCUACGCUGCCCCCCCUCUCGGUGUUUUCCGGUGGUUCCACCCGAGAGGCAGGCUUCUCUCCUCCAGUUUUCUGUUCACCCCGGAGCGCCCGGGACUUGCUGGAUCUCGGGGACGGCUGCGAGAGGCCGAUAUGUCGGUGGCGUUCGCUGCUCCGAGGCAGCGGGGCAAGGGUGAGAUCACUCCCGCAGCCAUUCAGAAGAUGUUGGAUGAAAAUAACCAUCUUAUUCAGUGUAUAAUGGAUUAUCAGAAUAAAGGAAAGACUACAGAAUGCUCUCAGUAUCAACAGAUGUUGCAUACAAAUUUGGUUUAUCUUGCUACGAUAGCAGACUCCAAUCAAAAUAUGCAGUCUCUUUUACCAGCACCACCCACACAGAAUAUGCCUAUGGGUCCAGGAGGGAUGAAUCAGAGUGGCCCUCCCCCACCUCCACGUUCUCACAACAUGUCUUCAGAUGGAAUGGUAGGUGGGGGUCCUCCUGCACCACACAUGCAGAACCAGAUGAACGGCCAGAUGCCUGGGCCAAAUCAUAUGCCUAUGCAGGGACCUGGACCCAAUCAGCUCAAUAUGACAAACAGUUCCAUGAAUAUGCCUUCAAGUAAUCAUGGUUCCAUGGGAGGUUACAACCAUUCGGUGCCAUCCUCACAGAGUAUGCCAGUACAGAAUCAGAUGACAAUGAGUCAAGGACAGCCUAUGGGGAAUUAUGGCCCUAGACCAAAUAUGAACAUGCAACCAAACCAAGGUCCAAUGAUGCACCAGCAGCCUCCUUCACAACAGUAUAAUAUGCCACAGGGAGGUGGUCAGCAUUAUCAAGGACAGCAGCCCCCAAUGGGAAUGAUGGGUCAAGUUAACCAAGGGAAUCAUAUGAUGGGUCAAAGACAGAUUCCUCCUUACAGGCCACCUCAGCAAGGCCCACCACAGCAGUACUCAGGCCAGGAAGACUAUUAUGGGGACCAAUACAGUCAUGGUGGACAAGGUCCUCCAGAAGGCAUGAACCAGCAAUAUUACCCUGAUGGUCAUAAUGAUUACGGUUAUCAGCAACCGUCGUAUCCUGAACAAGGCUACGAUAGGCCUUAUGAGGAUUCCUCACAACAUUACUACGACGGAGGGAAUUCACAGUAUGGUCAACAGCAAGAUGCGUAUCAAGGACCACCUCCACAACAGGGUUAUCCACCACAACAGCAGCAGUAUCCAGGUCAGCAGCCUUACCCAGGACAGCAGCAGGGUUAUGGACCUUCACAGAGUGGUCCAGGGCCUCAGUAUCCCAACUACCCACAGGGACAAGGUCAGCAAUAUGGGGGAUACAGACCUACACAGCCUGGACCACCACAGCCACCCCAACAAAGGCCUUAUGGAUAUGACCAGGGUCAGUAUGGAAAUUACCAGCAGUGAAAAAAGUACUUACAUUCCAGUAGCCAGUAUCUAUUAGCAGCCAUAUUGACACCUCAGCACUGUGGACACCUCCCUGUGAAGAAAAUAUUUCAUUCCGUCUAGUUUUUGAAAAAAUCUUGUGGAUAAAUGACUGUUUUUCAUUAAGCAGUCUUUAUGGGCUAGUUGUAAAAAGGCUAUAGUAUCCAAAAAACCCUUCUGAUUUCACAUCUCUACUCUAGAUGGCAACAUUGGACAGAAAAUACAACAUAGCCAAUUUGCAAUGAUUUUAGAACUGUGUUUCAAAUGGCCUGUUACAGACUGAAAGGUGUGAACAGCUUUGUAUGUUUAUGAAGGUUAAGGGAAUUUAAUACUUUUCCACAGAUUCCUUUGUAAGGGGAAGAGGGAAAUGCACACUUUUUACAACAGCAAUAUUUUGUAUAUUAUGUUUAUUUCAUAUGCAAGGCAGUAUACUAUGCUAUGGGCAGGAUCAGAAACCCUCUGUUAAUGUGGAUCCGAGCAUGGUAAAUGCUUGAUUGGGUUGGUCUCAAAAUGGUGUAACAUAAAGAUAAAGGUGAGGGAGAAGACAAAGCACGCCAUAUGUCCACUGUUCAGAUCUUGUGUAGGAAAUUUGAAUCCCUGUUAUCUGUAAGAUAAUCAAGGGCAAUGUGAUGCUGUUUUGAGUAAAAAGAAUACAUUUUUUAAAAGCCGCCUUGUUUUGUGGAGAGAAAUCUUUUUGUAAAGAUCAUUUAUAAUACAGUUUAAAAUGUGAGGCAAUAACAGAACUACUUUGGGUUGGAUCUGAGAAAUCUUUGGUAAUAGCUUCAUGUAAAUUAAAUGUUAAUCCCUUCCUAAGAGCAAUAACAAAACAAACAGACCAAAAGUAUUAAUUUUACCUGCUUUGAAGUAAGCAGGGGGAUACAAUAAAUGAUGUCAAGGAGAGUUUGAUUUAGUAAUUUUUUUUAACCAUUAGAUGGAUAAUUGGUUUAUAAUUAUUUAGCAUAGGAGACUUUACCCUUAUCUAACUUUCUUAAUUGGGAGUAAUAUCUUUAGAAAGGGACAUUUUUGUGUUUGUCCCAUUUUCAUAUUGGUUAAUAUGAGACCAAGAAAUGUUUAGGAAAACAUUUAAUGGUGAAAUAUAUGUAUCAGGUUUUGUUGUGAAAUGCGUUGAACCCUACAAAUGUUGCAUGUGAGAGAUAAGCAACAGUACCUUGUUCAAUAGCAUGGUACCUAAUUUGAGAACUCCCUAUCCCUAAUAAUUUCAGCUAACUUCAAGGAUAAUAUUGAAUUGUGUAGGAAUCCAUGCAUUCAUGAGUUUUCAACAACAAUUGUGCAUUUCUAAUUUGAAAGCACAAUUAGACUAAAGAUAAAACUUAAUUUUUGUCAGUUGCCUAUGCCUUGGAAGGGGAUAUUCUUAUUUACUGAAUUUGUCUUUUCCACUUCUAACUAAGAACUAAGUGUAUGUGAUACCAUAGCAUUUGAAUGAGAUAAAACAUAAAGUGUACUGAAAUGGAGGAAUUCAAAUUCAUUUGUUUGAAAAGGAAAUUUUUUUUUCUUUUAUUAAGUUGGUCAGUAGGAAAUGCACAUCAAGGUUUGAACAGAUAAAGCAUGAACAGCAUUAUUGUGAUUGAAAUGCUUGUAGGUUCUGUGCCAAUUUUCCACCACUGUGUACUUCAUUGCUAUUUAAAACUGUAUCAACUCUAACGGAAGAAUAAAUUAUUUGUGAUUUUAA